CUGCCUGCUGCUUCCUCAUAGGUGGAGUCCUGACUGGUUCCAGGAAACAGAUCACCUGUCUGAGCGUCCAGGAGUGGACUGGAAACUUUCUUCUUCUUCUUCAGCGCUUUGAAUAAAGUGUGAAGGUAGAAAGUGUGUGUGAGCUGCUGUGAGUUGAGCAGCAUGGAUGAGUGUGAGGACAGAGAGGAGGGAGUCCCUCCCUCUAAAAGCUCUCUGUGUGGGGAACAGGAGAACCAGAGCAAAGCUCAGAGGAAUCCACCUGGACCUGGACCUGGACCUGGACAUGAACCUGGACCUGGACCUGGACCUGCGUCCAGCUGUGUGUCCUUCAAGAGCGACCAGUCUAAGGAUCUUUAUUUUGAAUUUAAAGAACCUCAACCUCCUGAAGUAAGAGUAAAGAAGAAAAGAAGAAAAAAGAAGAAAAUCCAUCAGAGACCAGAGUCCUCUGGACCUGGACCUGGAUCUGCAUCCAGCUGUGUGUCCUUCAAGAGCGACUGGUCUAAGGAUAUUAUUUUUGACUUUAAAGGAGAACCAGGUCCUGCUGCAGAGGGAGUGGAGCAGCAGAACUCAGAGGUUCCCAGAGCUCAGUCUGUCCAGCAGCAUCACCUGGACUCCAUAUUCAUGCUGCUGGAGGACAACAUGGUGACUUUUGUGAAGAAGGAGCUGAAGAAGAUGCAGAAGGUUGUGAGUCCAGAUUACCCAGAAUGCUUAGAGAGUCAGAGGGAGGAUGAGGAGGAGUUGGAGGGUGAUGAUGAAGAGCAGAGGAGCAGCAGAGAGAUGUUUCAGCAGAUUACAGUGUUGUUCCUGAGGAGGAUGAAGCAGGAGAAGCUGGCUGACUGUCUGCAGAGCAAAUUUCCUGCUGGAGUUUGUGGACGUGAACUAAAAUAUGGUCUGAAGAAGAAGUUCCAGAGAGUGUUUGAGGGCAUCGCUAAAGCAGGACAGCCGACCCUCCUGAAUGAGAUCUACACAGAGCUGUACAUCACAGAGGGAGGGACUGCAGAGGUCAAUGAUGAACAUGAGGUCAGACAGAUUGAAGCAGCAUCCAGGAAAGCAGACAGAGCAGAAAGAAGCAUCAGAGCAGAAGACAUCUUUAAAGGCUCACCUGGAAGAGAUAGACCAAUCAGAACAGUGAUGACAAAGGGAGUGGCUGGCAUCGGGAAAACAGUGUUAACACAGAAGUUGACUCUGGACUGGGCUGAAGACAAAAGCAACCAGGACAUCCACUUCAUGUUUCCAUUGACUUUCAGAGAGCUGAAUGUGCUGAAAGAGAGAAAGUUCAGCUUGAUGGAACUUGUUCAUCACUUCUUCAGUGAAACCAAAGCAGCAGGAAUCUGCAGCUUUGAAGACUUCCAGGUUGUGUUGAUCUUUGACGGUCUGGAUGAGUGUCGCCUUCCUCUGGACUUCCACAACAAUGAGGUCCUGACUGAUGUUAGAGAGUCCACCUCAGUGGAUGUGCUGCUGACAAACCUGAUCAGGGGGAAGCUGCUUCCUUCUGCUCGCCUCUGGAUAACCACACGACCUGCAGCAGCCAAUCAGAUCCCUCCUGACUGUGUGGACAUGGUGACGGAGGUCAGAGGGUUCACCGACCCACAGAAAGAGGAGUACUUCAGGAAGAGAUCCAGAGAUGAGGAGCAGGCCAGCAGCAUCAUCUCCCACAUGAAGAAGUCACGAAGCCUCCACAUCAUGUGCCACAUCCCAGUGUUCUGCUGGAUCACUGCUACAGUUCUGGAGGAGCUGCUGAGAACCAGAGAUGGAGGAGAUCUGCCCAGAACCCUGACUGAGAUGUUCAUCCACCACCUGGUGGUUCAGGCCAAAGUCAAGAAGGUCAAGUAUGAUGGAGGAGCUGAGACAGAUCCACACUGGAGUCCAGACAGCAGGAGGAUGAUUGAG